GGCGUCUCCGAAAGCGUCUCGAUCAGCGGGCGCCGCGAGAUUGAUUAUUUAACGGUAGGGAGGGUGGCGAGAGAGAAAGCGCGACUUAUCGCCCCCGUUGCAAAAUGGGUCGUCGACGCAAUGCGGUACGUCGCCGCGCACCGCACAGAUACAUAUAUACACACACACGCACAUACACAGCGCAUGUAGGUAUACAUGUGACCAAGGAAAUCCUGAAAAUCGAACAAUUCCAUCACCGACGCCAUCUUCGGGCACGGACGACAUCGAUCGCAAAACUUCCACGAGCUGGAUGACAAAGCCCGAAAGGAUCCAUUAUAGAUCCUUCGCCGCGUCGUGUACGCACGUCUAUCGCAACUAGUCGUGUGCAACCUCUUAACAUUGGUGACACAGUGUUCAGUAAUUUUACCAAAUAUAAUCACGUCCACAGAAACGAACUGCGAGAACCCUCGUGGUUAGUGGACAAGGCAGAUUCCUCGUCUGGACAGUAGAUCAUCAAGCGACAGAUAAUCAAUACCUAGCGAUAAAUCGGAUUGACAUUCGCCGCUCCGACAUUCCGCUUCUACAAGAUAAAAGCUCUCGAGCGAGGAAACGCAGCUGCCGGAAGCAGUGGGAUAUCAACAGGCAUCAAAAAGUCGGCGGACGCGAUCGUGUAGGAUCGCGCGGCCGCGAGGUCGGUCUCGCUGUUGGCGCGACCCUCGACGGGUCUCUCGAGUCGAGUCAUAUCUACGAUCGAAGAAAAGAUGGCCAUCGCCGCCUCGGAGAAUUAUCAACUCAAGUGGCACAGCUACGGAGCGCAUCUGCACAGCUCCGUCGCGACGCUGCUUCACUCGGAGUCCUUCGCUGACGUUCUACUGGCUACAUCCUGCGGCCGGCACGUGGCGGCUCAUCGAUUCGUCCUCGCGGCUUGCUCGUCGUAUCUCAGUCAUAUUUUUCAGACAUGCCAUUUCGGCGCGAACACCAAUGCUCCGAUAAUUGUGGUGUUGCCCACAGAAAUUGGAUACCGCACGCUAAAAAUCCUGAUACAGUACAUGUACAGUGGUGAGGCUACCGUGACGAACGAUCAACUGGAGGGAGUCUUGAAAGCCGGCGAUAUAUUGCGUGUGCGUGGACUGUGGAGAUCGAACACCGGCAGCAACAAGAAGGAAAACAUACAAUCGAACAAUCAGAAAAUCGAGCGCGACAAGCGGGAACCGUCGCAACUCACCGGUCAGAUACAAAAAAUCAAGCUGAUACAGCCGACUCCGGAGAAGGUGGUCGAAAGCACGCAACAGACGGCCACGGCCUGCCAAAAUAAUGUACAGUCCCCAAAGCCGGUCGAAAGGAAAAGCACCGAGAAGAACGAGGAAAAGGUCAACGAAUCUGAAACCAAAAAAACCUCAGAAGAGAACAAAAAUAAUGAGCAGACCAAAAAUAAGGAGAAUCUCGAGACGAACGGAAAGAAGAAGAAAAGCGUCAGCAGCGACGUCGAGUCGAAUAAGUCGAAGAGUGAAAGCGAAAAUACUGAAUUAAACUUAGAACUGCUAGUGAAGGACGAGCCGAUCGAUUGGGAAGAGUCGAUCGAUCCGUCGGAGUCGCUUACGAUAGACCAUGAGAUCGAUAUAAAACCGGAAAUCGUACACAGCGCGGAUGAGGAUGGAGAUAUGGAGGAGGAGGAGUAUACACCACUGACAUGCGACAUGUGCAGUCAAACGUUCAACAGGCCGUCGGAUUGGGUGAGACAUAUAGAAUACACGCACGCUGACAUGACUGAAAAUCGGAGAAAGAAACGAAAAGACGACAUGAGCGAUGACAGCAAGGACUUCCCGCCUCUGAAGUGCGAUCUGUGCGGCAACAUGUACUCCACGCCGCAGGAAUGGGUGCGCCACAUACAGACGGAGCACACGGAGGAGCAGUUGGCCUUGAUGAACAAUUCGGCGCCCCCUAAGCCGAAGAGGGUUCACAAUCACCAAAAGUUAUGUAACAUAUGUCAAAAGGAAUUCCCGAGUCACGCGUCGAUGGUGAUCCACCAGAGAACGCAUACGGGCGAGAAGCCUUUUCUCUGUUCCUACUGUAAAAAAGGCUUCAACGUAAAGAGCAAUCUACUGAGGCAUUUAAGGACACUGCAUGACAAAUAUGUACAUCCCAGCUUAUACGGGAGCAACGGUUGUAAGAACACUUAAAAGCCCUUCUCUUUCCUUUCCGAUGCGUAAAUCUGUUUCUGUUCUGCAUAUAGCGUCUCAGUCGUGGAGAGACCAUACAGCAUCUUAUGUAUAUUCAAUAUUAUGUCUAUGUAGACUGAAUGCGUAUCUAUAACGUAUAAAAAGGAUGCCAAAUCAGAGCAAGAUGUGUGGUGACAAAGUAACCGAUUGUAAGUAGAGAGCUGUGUGAAUCUCCACCGGAAAAGCUAACUGAGCGCAUCUUAAAAAUUUACAAUGCAUAUUGGAGAGAAAUCUAUACAAACUAUUUUUUCUAAAAGGUAAUAAUCUCGCGUUCUUUAUAAUAUAAUAAUCUUCUUUUUAAUAAUGUAUAAAAUAAUAGAGCUCUCCUCUCUCGUUAAACAGUUUUCGAUUGAGUUAUGACAAGAAAGCAAUACCAGGGCUUUAAUACCAAAGAGGCUGAUUAAUAUUGCCAAAAAUGUCUCAUUUGGUUGUUUUUAACUUUCUUUUCUUCACUUCUAAUAUAGUGCACGCGUAAAAAAAGUUAUUUAUUUUAUUUAAAAAAAAAGAAUUUAGUUAAAUACAAAGGACAAAUGCUAAUGACUUUAUCUUUUAGAGAUCUGUCGAGGAGUGCUUGCAUGUAAAAUAAUUCUAUAGUAUAAAUCAAUAUUUAACAAUUAUUAACUUAAUUAUUUAGAAUAAUUAUACGAAAUCCAAAUUAUGUAAGAUUUAACUGUAUACUUCUAGGCUAUUCCAUCCAAGAUAGCCCUCUUAUUCCCUCAGCUCGUAAGUUAAUUAUGUAUUUUUAUAUUAAAGUAGCUUAUACACACAAACAUAUAAAAAGUAAGAUACUUGCAUUAAGCAAAACUUAAUUUCGAUCUAGGUUAGGACAUAAGAGUAACAUAUAAUAUAUUCAAAAUUUAUCAAAUUUUUUGAAAAUAUAUUGAGUUCUUCUUACAUAUAAAAAAUAAUGCGAUAUUAUCAAAAUACUGUCACAGUCUCUGGAACAGUAACAAUGUGAAUAAUAAUUAAGAGGAUGACACCAUUUUGCUAUACUAAUCAUUACGAUUGUGUCACUCUACUAUGAAUUUUAGUGUCAAUUCUGCAUUGCGCUAGCACUGUGACGAGCCAAAUAACUUUUAAAUGUAAAAUUAAAAUAAUAUAUUACCUUAAAAGUA